AUGCCUAAAGCUUUGGAUACGACUGGCAGAGAAUGCCAUGACUGUGGACAAAACGAUCCUCGAUGGUGUUCGAUCAAUCAUGGUGUGCUCGUCUGCGACGAAUGUUCUAGUGUACAUCUGAGCCUUGGCCGACACAUAUCGCAAAUAAAAUCUCUCGAAAAAAGUCACUGGUCACCGACACAACUUAAUUUAAUUAAUGAAUUAAGUUCACAUGGUGCUAAUCUAAUUUGGGAAUAUAGCCUCCGUGAUCCACACAAUAAAUUGCCACGAAAGAAGCCAACAGCAAAUGAUGCAUUCCCAAUUAAAGCCGAUUUCAUUCGAGCUAAAUAUCAACAAAUGGCUUAUGUUAAUCGAUCGAAGGACGAAACAAAUGGAACCUUGGAAGAUAUAAAUUUACAAUUACAUUCGAUUGUGAGAACAGAUAAUAUUAUCACAUGUCUCAGAUUUCUUUCCCAAGGAGCUGAUCCAAAUUUUCGCAAUCCAGAAACGGGAACAUCAGCUAUGCAUGUUGCAGCUAGCCGUGGCCAACAAAACCAAAUCGAAUUACUUUGCAUUUUUGGUGGUGAUCCAGCGACUAUCGAUGCUGCAGGUGUACCUCCCGACGAACAUGCCAGAGCCAAUGGAUAUACUGAUUUAGCUGACCGUUUGAUUGAAUUGCAGUAUGAAUUGACCGAUCGUUUGAUAUGUUUUAUUGGUGGCAAACAACCCGAUCAUAAAACUGAUGAACACAUUCUUUUGGCUAAUUGUGAUAAGAUCAUGAAUAGAUCUUCUCCAACAUCGAUUGCUCGUCAGAAACUUCAACAAUUAUCAGAUACGCUUUUCGAAGAUUUGGCUAUGGACAUAUUCGAUGAAGUAGACCGACGUGAAUUAAAAUCAAUGUGGCAAACACAAGUGGACAAGUCGUUAGUUCCUCUACAUGUUGUUCCAUUUCUGCCUGUUAAUCCGACACUGUCAGCAACUAGAAAUCAGGGACGGCAGAAAUUAGCUCGAUACGGUAUAAAAGAAUUUCAUGGAUUUAUUUAUGAUGUAUUGGAUGAAUUUCGCCGACGAUACUUUCAUUUUAUUCAACGAACACCAUCCGUCAAAAGUCCAGCAUUGUCUCGACGCAACGAUGAUUUGGCAGCAGCAUUGAUUGAAUCCGAUGAUGAACCGUAUUACGAUAAAGUUGCGUCCGAUGAAGAAUCCAGUAGUUUAGAACAGCAAAAGCGAACAAAACAGAAUAGAAGACUGAAAAAGAUUGGAAAUCAUUCCAAUAAAGAUUCAACAGAGAAUGGUGCACUCUCAUCACUAUGUACUACGACUGGAUCUGAUCAUUUUCACGAAGAAAUCGCCGAAUCGAAUCAUUCAAAUCCUUUGAGAACACGUGUAGCAAAUACAGAAUUGCAAGUGAAAUAUUUGGCAUCUGCUCAUCUGGAUCUCAAAAAUGAAUUAGCGGUAUUACAUCAGAUGAUUCAACGGCUACUCGAUGAAAAUCUUUUGAGUAAACUCGAUCAACAAGUUCCGGAUCAGACAUCAGUACCUGCCAUCAAUGAUGAAACAAGCAAAAUUAUUCUUCGAACAUCUCAACUAUUUUUUGAUAACAUUAGUCGUAAAUCAAGUCCAUUUAUCGAAAGUGACUACGACAAUACAACCCUACUUGACGAUCCGGACAAUCCAUUGUCAAACUUAACAACAACGACGAUCUUCAGCGGUGACAAACGAUCGAGUCGAAAUGUCCAUCGGUUUCCACAAAUCGACGAAUAUUCGUCGGACACUUCCCGUUCGUAUCGGCAUACAGAUUUCCUCAGUCGAAGAAUCGAACCAUCUAUACCGAAAUCGGCGACAAAUCCCACGUAUCAACCGUACAAACGAGAGAUUCCAAUAAGUAUCCAGCGGUCUCGUUCUUGCUCCGAAGGCCGCAGAAAACUCAUCUCGCCAUCAACGCUCGUUCGUAAAGGUUCGUUUAAUCAUGUACCAUGGCAUAAUGAUGUGAUCGAACAUACACGAAACAUCACCUAUCACGUCACGGAAUUUUUUACACUAAUUAAACAAAAUCAAACUCAUCGAUAUGUUGCUUAUGCUGAACGAAUCAAUCAUUCUGUUCAAGACAUGAUUCAACUAUCGCAUCGAUAUUCAUUCUAUGAAAUAAAUGUCCGAACAAAUCUGAACAUGUUAAUUGCAAAUACACAGCAAUUGUUAUUUCACGCAAUGGCCAUUGAUGACAAUCCAACAUCACCAACUCAUUUUCUUAUUGAUGAUUGUUACGACAUCGCCCUUGCUACACGAAAUCUUCUCAGUAUCUACGAAAAGCUAUGA